AUGACAUCCUCAGCAGACCUUCAAGCACAGAAUGAGCACAUGAAACGUAAGAUUCACGCACUGCUUAGUGCCAACACGACACUAGAGAAAGAGGUAGUGGAGCUUGCAUUAGAGUGCGACGAACUCCAGUUUACAGCCACCAACAAACAGCAGAUACUGGAACAGGAAAUUGAGGCAGUGGAUAAGGAACUCACGUCGCUGCGUUCGCAGUGUCAGUCAGUUAUGACGAAGAUUGUUAAUAAAGUAGACGCUCAGAUCAAGACUGAGCUCAAGCAAGACGAGACGCCGAUGCGAGUUAGUCACAAACUGUCCUCAGCAUUUAACCACACGUUGCAACAUGCCAGGAAUAUGUCGAUGUCUAGAGAACGACAAUCAUCGACGGCCAAGAUGGUGGCUCAUGGUCUGAUCAAAGCAUCAAGCUAUAUGACUCUACCAACAGGAAACCCCUCACAUUUUGAUGCGCCACGACGUCCCAAGAUGAAUAAGGAAAGCCCUCCAAUCCUGUCGUACACAAAGAGUGCGUAUGGCUCGACGAAGACGCUGCUGUUUUCGACUCACUCGCAUUACGACAAUUUUCGGCGGCGAAGUGGAAAUUGCCGCAAGAGUUAUGACCCUGUCAUGGUGCUUUAA